AUGCUGCUUACACAUAGCUGCCGUGCCAAUGUGCUGGUUUUAGUUUGCUGGCCUCUCCUGGCAUGGUCAAUUCGGGACUCUUCCCUUGAGCUGGAUGAGGUGUGGAGUGGAGUGGAGGAUUCCUCGCUGGACGGCCUCGGAUCAAGCACGGAGGCGGACAACUACGCUGACGGCACGGAGCCGGACGAGGUUACAGUGGAUGACGUACAGGGAGGACAUGAUAGCUUCAACAACGGCGACAGCCAAAACCAGGCACCGAAGCCUGCAACGCACCAACACGCUCACGGUAAUGAGCACCGCUAUGGCCAGCCCCAUUACAAACAUCCGCAUAGCAAAAUCCAGACGCAGCACGGACAUGGGAAGUUGAAGACUGAACACACAAAGGCGCAGAAGGGGGAGGACGAGGAGGAAGAGAAAGAGAAAGAUGAAGAGAAGGAGGAAGGCGAGGUCGAAGCUGAGGCUGAGGAGGGCGAGGAGGGCGAAGAAGGUGAAGAGCCUUGGGAGAUGACAUUCACUGACAAAUUACUCUUGGAGAUCGGCUGGCUCAUCCUCUUCAUUGUUCUGUGCAUGAUGCUGGUUUCGUUCAUGAGUGUAAUUUCGCAGCUGAGCGAUUCCUCGAAGGACGUUGACGACGGCAUUGUGGAGCCUCCUGCACUAGCUCAGGGCGCCUACUGGUUUGACUGCCACAUAAUGGAUCCUCUGGUUAUUUUGACCGGGCUCGCUAACUUCGUGGUCUUUGCUGCUAAGACGGAGAUGGAGUAUGACGAGGAGGCCACGAGCGGCUUCGGCUUCAAGCGCAAGCUGAAGACCUGGGUUCCAGAAACCAAUGCGAUCCUACAGAAGAUCGGUGUGGUUGUCUUAUCGACGAGUUUGCUGUUGCGAGCCCUGUCGGCCCCAGCUCACCCCUGGUGGAAAGCUUAUCGAAGUGCAGCUCCGUUCAUUGCACUGCUUAUCAAUGCCUAUGCCUGGAUCGACGUGAUUGCCAUGACGCCCUCUGUACUGGACUUCAUUUUCCGCGAUGAUGCGUACUACAACAUUCAGAGCCUCUGCCUUGUUCGCUUGGUGGAAAUGGCAGUCCGCACGCCCAGUGCCACGGGCGCUGGCAUCCGGGCUUUCAUUGCUGUCUUCGAUGAGGACGGCCCCCUCAUUGGCACCAUCUUCGCUUUCGGGGCAGUAGUGUGGGUCAUGUUUUCCGGUCUCUACAUGGUCGCGAACCGCACCAAUGCGGCCUCGGUGUGGGAGGCGGCCACCUACGAGGGCGAGCCGUGGCAACGCUUCGAGUCGCUCCCGUCCUCGAUGUUCUUCGCCCUGCUCAAUCUGUGCAAGGAGCACCCCUUGGCAGAUGUCUUUGGUGAUGAGGAAGAGCAGUUUGGUCUGGCGAUCUUCCAGCGGGUCAUCAUUAUUCUGGUCUGCAUCAUCGGAGUGCCCGUCUUCGGUGUGCCGACCGGAAUCCUGGGUGCAAGCCUCAUGAAGCACUGUGACUUGGAGGUUAAGCGACUGGAAGAGGCAAAGGCGAAGGCAGACACUCGUGCGCCCAUCGCAGAUGCACCCGCAGUUGGGCAGGACGAGGCUUCGGCACUUGCCCCCGCUGCAGAAACCUUCGCUGAAGCACCUGCGGCAGAAGCUCCGCCCACUCUCGAAGGCAAGCACGUCCAUGUGUGGUUGAUCUAUACGCUGGUUUUCAGCUUCGGAAGCACCUUUCUGUAUUUCUUCUACACCUUGCAUGAAGACACUGUCUUCCUUUUCAUGCCAAUCCCGGAGAUUCCGAAAAAGGUCCUGGCGCCAGUGGAUGCAGCCACUUCAGUCGUCUUCUUCCUCGAAUUUGUGGCACGAAUUUUCACUGGCGGAUUGACUUACAUCACAGGGAUCCCCCUCCUGAUCAUUGAUGUACUUGCUUUUCUUCCUGGUUUUUGCAGUGCUGGUCUCUGGUUCAGCUCUCGCAGAAACGUCGAAUGGGUCCAGGGGUUGUGCGUGCUACGGGUGCUCAAAGCUGAACGCUACGUCGGCGCCUUUGCCUCCAUGUUCUCUAUUCUCUCCGAGAACGGUGCAAUAUUGAAAGCCACUGCUCUCACGACUUUCUUGCUCUGGCUCUUCGUGUCCAGCAUCUUGCACUUCACGGAGAAGGACAAUCCAGAUGAGGAGCUUCAGGAGGUUUAUGCUUCGGUGCCCAGGGCGCUGUGGACAGAAAUUAUCAACCUGCACGGGGAGUGGCCCUGGUGCGACUACACCUGGGUGGGGAAAGCAAUUGGCACUCUCCUCAACUUCGCCAGCAUCGGGAUCUGCAUGAUCCCUGUUGUCGUCUUCAGUGAUGGCUUCAUCGCCAAGGUGGCUGCAACUCCGAGCGGCCCGGAUGGCGAGACGUUGACGAUGAGUGAAAUGGCAGAGCACAGAUGGCAGUUGGCAUACCAGGACAGCAACGGCUUCCACCUUCUGUAUGCACACCUCCUUCCACCAGAAAAGCUACACCAGCAUCCGCCGUCGGCCAUGUAUGGGCUGCUCCGGUUUGUGUCGAUCUCCUUCGUCUUCUUCGCAACCUUCAACACAGUCAUGGACUCGCUGCCAUCCCUCUCCAAAGAGGCCUGCGAUGGUGAAGAGCCGUGGCCACACUGCCACCAGCUGAACCAAUUCUUCGUUGGGGCGGAUGCAAUGCUGGCCGCCUUCUUUACCGUGGAGUUUAUCUCCCGCGUAGUCGUUCUGAGGGGAAUGUACCUACUUUCCUUCAUUGGCAUCGUCGAUUUGCUCUCCCUGUCCGCGUUCCUCGUCACGCUAGGACCUGCAAUGCACGAUGCCGGACUCCAUCCAAACUACGAGGCGGCGAGUGCGAAAGAGCUAUGGAGGGAUCUGAUUCUUCCACUGCGGCUCAUGCGGCUAAUGAUGUUGGAGUCCUGGGCACCUGCCAUUCAAUCACUAUGCGAUGUCAUUUGGAUGCAGGCCGCUGCCCUGCGAAAAGCUUGCUAUGCCCUGGUCUGUGUCUGGUACAUGUUCACCGUGAGUCUCUAUGUUUUGGAGAGGGAUUCCGCGGACGAGGAGAUAAGCGCCCGCUUUGAAAAUGUGCUGGUGGGCCUCCCGCAUGGCUUGAUUCACCUUACUGGCGAUUACCCAUGCACCAACUACAGCAGCCUUUCGGUGCCCUUCCACCUUGUCUUUUUGAUUCUCGGGAUGUGUUGCACUGGCACAUUCACCGGCAUCUUUGCAGGUGGCUUCGUGGAAUACUUGGGUGCGCAGCGCGACAUGGAGCGCCGCCAGGCCGCGGAAGAGCGAGUGCGGAUCAUGGUCGCUGCGGUUUCCGUCCUUCAGCGGCGAGUCCGGGCUCGGCAGCGGCAAGCGCGCGGCUUCUCCGGUGAGCUGCCACGCUACAAUCAGGUGACGAUGCAAAAGGCCGCGCAGCGUCUGCUGAAGAGGCAGACAAGCCUGGGCCGUGUUUUCAUGAGUUUGGCCCAAGCUGCACUAAUGGUCAAUAUUCUGAACACCAUGUUGGAGUCUAUCCCGGAAGUGGAAGAACUGGGACCAGCAGCCCGCAGAGCAUUGACGCUUGUUGAAGUGGUCACCGGGCUUGUCUUUGCCAUCGAGUUCUUCCUGCAUUUCCUGGCACGUCCGCUUGGCAUUUUCACGACUCCAAUGCGGAUGAUCGACUUCGUGUGUUUGCUGCCGACGAUUAUGAGGGUCAAAUUCCAGCUCCAGAGCACGGAAGCCCAGGACAAUUCUCCAGGAAUGGAGGCGUUCAUCGAGAGCGUGGCUGCUUGUCGAAUCAUUCGGGUGCUGGACUGGCCCGGCAUCGCAAGAGAAGUGAGGGCGGUGAAGUCGACGAUAAGGGCGGCGCUUCCGAGCCUCGCCAUGCCCGCGGUCAUCAGCCUGGAGCUGUGGGUGCUUACAGCAGGUAUCUUCGUCUGGGUGGAGAACUUUUUCUCGAAGGACGACGAGCCUUCGGACCAGGAGCACAUGGGCUCUAUCCCCGAUGCGCUGUACUGGUGCAGCAUCUACCUACUCGGUGAAUGGGCUAACGAUGAGUUCACCGAUGGCGCUGGCAGCCGCAUGUGCAUCUUCUACUGUCUCUGCGGGGUUGCGCUGUUCUCCAUUCCGGUGGGAAUCAUGGUAGAAGCCGGGCAGUCCACCCUGCUGAAGAUUGCGGACGAGCGCCGUGAGCUGGAGCAGCUUCGCCAAGCGAGCCGCAAGGCCGGAGCCAUCGCUCCGAAAGCAACGGGAGGAGACGAGAAGGUCGACAUGCCGGCCGUGGCCAAGAAGGACACGCCUGAAGAGGCAGAGCCGAAGAAAGUCGACGACUGA